AUGGGAAGCAGUCGAGUGUGUCGUUUUGCGAGAUCCGAUCCCGCAUCCGAACAAUCACACGUCGAAAUCGUACAAGAUUGGCCUUCAUGUCAUGGCAAGUUCGGUACAAGAGAGAAAGUACCUAGCGAAAUUGCCUAUCUGCAAGAAGGUGUUAGAUGGGGUUCUGAUAUCCCGCCACAUGAGAAGCGGCACAUGUGGACUAAACUUGAAUUAGACAACCGCGAAGAUGGUAAGGUUGCCAAGAUCAACAAUGAGCUAUCUCUCCUCGAGUCACGUAAACCGCCCAUGAAGAUCAUCGCCGACUUCCUGGAACAAGUCAAAACUCAUUUGAUCAAGAACCUUGACGACAGGUAUGGCAAAGAACUGUGGAGAACGCUUCCUAUCACUUUGGUGGUCACGGUCCCAGCGGUGUGGUCAGAUACCGCAAAACACCGGACUAAGCAGGCUAUUGAAAAAGCCGGAUUCAGCUCUCUAGCGUUCAAAGAGUUGAAGAUACCUAUUGUCCUUACCACGGAACCAGAAGCUGCCGCGCUGUACACAAUCAAGACGCUCCGCGGUACAGCACAGGACGCUCAGUUCGCAGUGGGCGACGGCUUCACUGUUUGUGACAUGGGAGGCGGGACUGUCGACCUUAUCACAUAUCGCAUUACGGCUAUUCAGCCUACUGUCAUCGAAGAAGCCUCGGUGGGUAAUGGUGCCCAGUGUGGUGGUAGUUUCGUUGAUCGUGCAUUUCUUCACUGGCUUGAGCGUCGUUUAGGUACACAAGACUUUGUUAAAAUCGCUGGCUCUCGAAGCGAAGAAAUCCCACGUACUUCGCUCAACGAAAAGACGGCCCAACUUGUUCAGGAUUUCACUAUGGGGAUCAAAUGCGGCUUCUCAGGAACCCAAGAGAAUUACUUACGACUGCCAUACCCACUGAGUACUAUCGAUCGUGAUGAGAAGAGAGGUAUUGUUUUUGGAAACCUAAAAAUCACAGCGGACGAUGUAAAAGCCAUGUUUGACUCAUGCCUCUGUCGAACGUAUGAGCUACUUCAGGAGCAAACUCGACGUGCACGCAUAGGAAAUUUGAAGAUUAAGUAUGUGUUCAUGGUUGGUGGUUUCUCAGAGUCACCAUAUAUGUUUUCAAAGAUCAAAGACUUCCUGGAGAAGCAAGAGAUACAAGCUAUUCGACCCCCUUACGCUUGGUCAGCGGUAGUCCGAGGUGCCGUCACCAAAGGACUUGAGAAAGGUGUCGGUGCAGUCUUGAAGCGAAAGAGCCGUCGACAUUAUGGUACAUCUUGUACCAGACCUUUCCAAAAACGUGCACACAAAAGGGUCGACAUGAUCAUAGACAAGUAUUCUGGAAAAGAGAGGGCGAUUAAUCAAAUGAAAUGGUUAAUCGAGAAAGGACAGACCCUUCUUGCGUCAGAGGCAACCCACGCAGCUGCAGAAUUAACGAUGAAUUGGUGGUCAGUAUACCGUGUAGCAGUGCUCACAGUCGAUUCUAACGACAUACCCCUGGUAAACCUGAAACGGAAAACGAGCCCAUGUGGUCGCCAGUACUACUCUAUCGUUGUUACUGUGCACAUAUCUCUGCAGUCUUCUCUGGAGUUCUACGUCACAAUCAAGGGCAAGAAAUUCGGAUCCCUGACUGUCAGCUACGAUUGA